UCCUCAUUUCCCACCGCUUUCUCUAGAACAGCGCCAUCAUCCCCAACAUUGCUCGUCAGCGUAUACGAGCUGCGAAGCGAGCAGUCGCUCUGUCCACGCACCGAUUUCCCCUUCACUGCAGCUCCUCUGAUGCUCGGUCGGUCUACGUAGAGAGACAAGAGAAGAGGGCGGUCACGCCGUCUGACUGCUUGCAUCAAAGAUGGAGAUGGGCGUAAGGCUGACGAUGCUCUGCCUAUUCGUCCUCUUCUGCCUUGUCAGCCAAGUGUUCUCAAUCGAACAACACACAGGAUCCGCUACUGUACGACACAAGUCCCACCAGAACAGCGACAAGAACAAGAACAUUGUUCACCAUGCAACCGACGAGCUCGCUCCCUAUCACCUUCGUUCGUAUCCGUCGUCGCUACGACACAAGAUCAAGGCCGGUGCUUCCGCUGAGCAUGCAACGACCCUCAAUAACGUGGCCCUGGGCAGUGUCGUUCUCGUCUCCACCAUCGAAGGAGGCAUUUAUGGCCUGCACAGGGACACGGGCAGCCGCAUCUGGAGCCUGCCACCGCGAACGAGCUCAAAUGAGACGGGCGGUGCCUUCGCUCCCCUUCUCAGCUCCACUUUUGGCCCAGAAAUGCGCACCUUCUCUGAGCUGGCGGCCGAUAUGACGUCGGGUGAUGAGUCGUAUCUGCACUAUCAACAAGGUCAACAGCCAACGGCAAGCGGGCAGGAAGCCCUCGAGGCGAUCCAGGAUCUGGGCCUGUACAUAGUCGAGCCUUCAGACGGUCACAUCUACGUCCUCAGCCGACCUCGUGACGGCUCUUCGCCCACCAAGCUUUCGAAGCUGCCCUUGAGCCUGCCUCAGCUCGUCGACCUGGGCCCCUUUUCGUUCCCGGGCGACGCCUCGCGCGUCUUUGCGGGCCACAAGCGCACGACUUUGGUAGAAAUUGAUGUCCUGACUGGCCGCAUCGGCGCCGUCUUUGGCGACGAGGGCGCCCAUGCGCCCUGGUGCCCCGCUACGCCAGACCCAGACACCGCAGCCAGACUUGACCGGCAAGAAGACUUCUGCCAACGUCGGGAGCAAUGGGCCCACAUAGGUCGGACAGACUACACGCUGACUAUUCAUCUUCGUGGCCGACCAUCGCUCAGCCAGACGCUGCGCUACAGCACCUUUACCCCAGAUAUUGCCGAUCGCGACCUGGCCACGAUGUGGUCGCGGAGGGCCACCACGCUGGAUCAACGCGCUCUGCUGGGCAUGCCCGAGGAAGGCACCAUCGUCUGCUUCAAUUCUUCAGCCGCAUUUGAGCCGACAUCGGCCAGCGUCAGCAGCAACAAGGAGAGGACACUGUGGGUCAGCGAGCUUGGUGCGACCGUCGCCGGCAUCUUCGACAUCAUCUAUCCGCAUACAAACAGCGACUCGGAGCCACAGCUGGGAGAAGAACCAUUGGGGAAGGCCGUCAUCGUGCCACAUCCCCGCCGUGCUCUGCCCCCUCUCUACCUUACGCCAUCCGCUGCCAGCCAAGACACGCGCGACGAGGGGCCCGACGCGGCCGACGAAGCAGAAGAAACCUCCACCUAUUUGGGCCUCUCGGGUGGCCACCUGUAUGCCAUGGGACAGCGAGAGUACCCGCUCAUCGCCUUUGCGCGCCAGGCACCUGUUUCCCUUGGUCAUGCCUCGCAUCAGGACAACCAUCACCACAGUUCACGAAGCUACCGGGGCAUCGAAGCAGGUCACCCGUCUCUGUGUACCUCGUCGAGCUGCUUUGUGGGCACCUACGAUCUGGCAGCGAGCGGCAAUGGUGGGGCCAUGCUGUCAGGCGACCGCAUGCUCGGUGGCAGUGCCCCUCUCUUGGGCAUCGGCGAUGGGUCCAAAUCCUCUUCCUCCUCUGCCUCGGACAAUGACAGAUUGCCAAAUGACACAGAGUCAGGGAUCGAGGCAGAUACGAGGUCAUCUCUAUCAUCAUCAUCAUCAUCAUCAUCCUCACCGUCAUCAUCAUCAUCGUCGCCGUCGUCGUCGCUAUCAUCGCUGGAAAGGUCUUGGUCCACGCUGCCGUCCCCUACGAUGCUCUUGGCCCAGAUGAUUGUCGUUCUGUUGCUCGCCGUCUUGUGCGGUCUCGUCUACGUCGGUGCACAAGAACAACGGCGACAGAAUGCAGAGCAAGCAAAUGCGGCUUCCAAAGAGCUUCUCUGGGCUCCUGUUGCACAGAAUCCGGCUCCAGACACGACACUCGCUUCGGCGACAAGGGCAGAGGUAAAGACAAAGACAGGGGGAGAGGCGGAAGGGAAUGACGGCCUGAAUGACGCAGUUGCCUUAGAAGGGAGGACAUUGUUGGAGGACGGGGAGGACGUUGCCGUUUCUGAAGGCAAGCCGGGAGAUAAGAGAAGGGCGGCCAAGAGGCGGAGGAGAGGCAAGAGGGCGGGAGCCGCCGUGUCGCAGCGCGAGGGUAGACGAGAAGCAAAUGGGACAGCCAAUGGACGAGGUGAAGAGGGAGAAGACCAGAGCGACAACGAGGAAUACCCACAGCUGGAUAACGGCCAUCUGAGCGCUACGGACGGGGUCCAGAGGCAAAUGGACGCUGGUGCCGCAUUAUCCUCGCCAACGACGAUGGCUAUCUCUCAAUCUGGUUGGCUCGAUACCGGAGAAAACACAUCGGGAGCGGGAGGCCAGGAGGCCAUCAAGAUAGCCGCCCAGGCAUCUUUGCGUGCAGAGGGAGGCGAGGCGACUACGGUCGAGGAAGGUGGCGUGGCAAAGAGGGGAAAGAGCCUCGUCAUCUCCGACGAAGUGCUUGGUUACGGCUCGUCUGGCACCAUCGUCUUCAAAGGCACUUUUCAAGGGAGGGCCGUGGCCGUCAAACGUCUGCUGCGCGACUUUGUCGACGUGGCAUCCAAGGAGGUGUCGCUGCUGGAGUCUGCCGACAAUCACCCGAACGUGAUUCGAUACUUCUACAAAGAGGUUACAAGCACCUUUCUCUUCAUUGCCCUGGAGCUCUGCCCUGCAAGCCUAGCCGACGUCAUCGAGCGGCCAGCCGAAUGGCAGGAGCUUUGUGCGAUGUUGAAGCCGAAGCGGUGCUUGUGGCAGAUUGCAUCAGGUGUUCACCAUCUCCACUCCCUCUCGAUUGUUCAUCGAGACAUUAAGCCGCAGAACAUCCUCGUCACCUAUUCGUCUGGGGGCAAGCUCAAGAUGCUCCUCUCCGACUUUGGACUUUCAAAACGCCUCGACGGCAUCGCUCAGACGAGUUUCAGUCAGACGAUGAACAACCCUGGCGGUACUGUAGGGUGGCGGGCACCCGAGAUCCUUAGGGGAGACGUCUCCUUGGACGAGUCGAGGGAAGGAAGCUCGAGCAGCACGACGACGACUUCGGCGAGCGAUAGCAUCACUGCUACAGGCGAGAACCAUCCCUCUUCGUCAACGAGGGCCAGAUUGACGAGAGCAAUCGACGUUUUUGCCUUGGGUUGCUUGACCUAGUGAGUUACAACUUGUCUGACCUUUUGGCUUUUCUUCCGAGAAUUUUUGCGGCAGCUCCUCCUUCUCCCCUCUUGGAUGGUUCGCACUUUGCUGAUCUUCCGUCCCACGAAUAGCUAUGUCCUCUCCAACGGCGAGCAUCCGUUUGGCUCGCGCUACGAGCGAGAGGUCAACAUCAUCCGUAAUCGCAUCGAUCUCAGUCGAUUGGACAGCCUCGGCGAAGAAGGCCAUGAAGCGCAGCACGUC